AUGGCUCCGGUGCUGAUGUGCGGCGUGGAGGAUGUGCUGCUCGGCGGCAGCCGCCUGCUCUGGACCCUGACCGUGGCCGCGCUGCGCCGCUGCUACUCGGCCCGGCUGCGGGCGUGCCGCCAGGCGCUGCGAGCCUGGUGCGGCCUCCGCGAUGUCUACCAGAUGACCGAGGGCCGGCACUGCCAGGUGCAUCUCCUCGAUGACAGGAACUUGGAGCUGCUGGUUCAGCCCAAACUUUUGUCUCGGGAGUUGCUGGAUCUGGUGGCCUCACACUUCAACCUGAAAGAAAAGGAAUAUUUUGGGAUAACAUUUAUCGAUGACACAGGGCAGAGUGUCUGGCUGCAGCUGGAUCACCGUGUCCUGGACCAUGACUUGCCCAAGAAACCAGGGCCAGCAACUUUGUACUUUGCCGUUAGGUUCUACAUUGAAAGCAUUUCCUUUCUCAAGGACAAAACUACAGUGGAACUGUUUUUUCUGAAUGCUAAGUCCUGUGUACACCAGGGACACAUCGAGGUGGACAGCGAGACCGUGUUCAAGUUGGCCGCCCUGGUGCUCCAGGAAGCUAAAGGGGACUAUUCCAGUGAUGAGAACGCUAGAAAAGACUUGAAGACACUGCCUGUCUUUCCUACCAAGACACUGCAGGAGCAUCCAUCACUUGCCUACUGUGAGGACAGAGUAAUUGAGCAUUAUACACAAAUUAAAGGUCUGACCAGAGGACAAGCCAUUGUUCAGUACAUGAAAGUGGUAGAAGCUUUGCCAACAUAUGGAGUUCAUUACUAUGGAGUAAAGGAUAAACAAGGAAUCCCAUGGUGGCUUGGAAUAAGUUACAAAGGAAUCGGCCAGUACGACUUACAAGACAAAGUGAAGCCCAGAAAACUAUUUCAAUGGAAACAGCUGGAAAAUCUGUAUUUCCGUGAGAAGAAGUUUGCUGUGGAGGUGCACGAUCCCCGCAGAAUUUCAGUGUCAAGAAGGACCUUUGGUCAGAGUGGGCUGGUUGUGCAGACCUGGUAUGCAAACACUUCCCUGAUCAAGUCCAUCUGGGUGAUGGCAAUCAGUCAGCACCAGUUUUACUUGGACAGGAAGCAAAGCAAAGCAAAAAUUCCAUCAGCCAGAAGUUUGGAUGAUAUCGCCAUGGAUCUGACAGAGAUGGGAACUCCAAAAGUGUCAAAGCUGGUGACCUUGGAGGCCAAGAACCAGCUUAUUAUGGCCAGCAAUGGCAGUUUGAUCUCAUCAGGCUCUCAGGACUCAGAGGUCAGUGAAGAACAAAAGAAGGAGAAAAUUAUGGAACUAAAGAAGAAAGAGAAACUCCUUCAGGAAAAACUGCUUCAGAAAGUUGAGGAGCUGAAGAAAAUCUGCCUGCGAGAGGCGGAGCUGACAGGCAAGAUGCCCAAGGAGUAUCCCCUGGGUGCUGGAGAGGAGCCUCCCCAGGUGAGGAGGCGCGUUGGCACGGCGUUCAAGCUGGAUGACAACCUGCUCCCCAGCGAGGAGGAUCCCACUUUGCAAGACUUGGAGAGCAAUUUUAUCAUACACCAAAAGCUGGUGGAAGCUGCAAAGAAACUUGCCAGUGAGCCAGACCUCUGCAAAAACGUGAAGAAGAAAAGAAAGCAAGAGUAUGCUGAUGCUGUAAAAAAGCUACAAGAGAUAGAAAACUCCAUAAAUGAAUAUAGAAUCAAGUGUGGCAAAAAACCAACCCAGAAAUCAACUCUGGCUCUACCAGAUGAUAUAAUUCCGUCCGAGAGCAGCUCCCUGUCAGACACAACCACCUAUGAUGAUGUCAGUGAAUCACUUCCUGCAGCAGCACAGAGACCCAGCUCUGCACAGCUUUCUCCAAGACUUCCCCCACCAAAGUCCCUUGGCGUGGAGAGAAUUCAUCUCAGGAAGUCAUCCAUAAACGAGCAGCUCUUGGAAAGCAGACACUCCAGGGAGGUGCUCUCGGCGCACAGCAGCCCGUUCCGCGCGCUGGAGCGGCCGGCGCCGCCGCAGGGCGGCAGGAGCAUGCCCACCACCCCCGUGCUCACCCGCAACGCCUACAGCAGCAGCCACCUGCAGCCAGAUGUUUCCCCACGCCACUGCCGGCAGCGCAGCGGAAGCCUGGAAUCGCAGACACACCUGCUGUCCGAGGCUCCUGCUGACAAGCCAGCCUUCUCCCUCUGCAAGUCCCAGCGGAGCAGCAGCACAGAGAUCCUGGACGAUGGAUCAUCCUACACCAGCCAGUCAAGUGCAGAGUAUUACUGCGUGACACCCACUCCCAAUCCCUAUUACACCACUCAGACCCUCGACAACAGGACCAGGGGCCGCAGGCGCUCAAAGAAACACAACAUUUCCGCAGCAAGUUCAGGGAGCAUGCCAAACCUGGCACAUAAGGACGCCCGCAGCGCUGCCUUCCACAAAAAUCAGGAGCAGCCUUCCUCUAAUUACUACAUUCCUGGGUACUGCCCUUACACUGAGCCUGACGUUUAUUACAACGGGGGGUACGUCUAUGAGAGUGACACGGAGGGGCAGUACAGCGUGAACCCCUCGUACCGCUCGUCGGCGCACUACGGCUACGAGCGGUACCGCGAAUUCCGCUCCUACCACGAGGACGAGGUGGACAGAGUCCCACACAACCCCUAUGCCACCCUCAGGCUCCCCAGGAAGCAAGUUGCUAAAACGGAGCACAUAACCAAAAACAUUCACAAGGCCUUAGUAGCAGAGCAUCUCCGGGGCUGGUACCAGCGUGCCUCCAGCCAGAAGGAGCAGGGUCACAGCCUGCAGGCGGGCUUUGAGUCUGACAGAGGAUCUCAGAGGAGUUUGGGCUUUGCUGCUCUGCAGACGCCGUGCUCGCCCAGCAGUCGGGUGUCGUCUUUCUCUUCGGCAUCUUCUACAAACACUGCUGGGAACUGGAGAACCCCCCUUGCACUGGGACUUUCAGACUAUGAUACGUUGUCUCAUUCCUCCUACUCCAGCUGUUAUGGGAAUGUUUAUGGCAACCUUCCUUUGCAGAGCAGGACCUACGUGGAGCCGAGCCAGCUGGGAGGGGACGAGGAGGAUGGCCUGGAGGCAGAGCUGCCCAGCAGUGAGCAGAGGCUGUUCUGGCACGAGGACUCCAAGCCCGGGACGCUGGUGUAG